AUGAAAACUAAUGACCGGCUGAUGGAAGCAGUAGCAAGUUCUAUGAACGAUUCAGACGAUGAAUUCGAAAGUGACAACACCAAAACAACCAUAUUCCUCAAAAUAGCGGAGGGCAAAAACUUUCCCAUAAUGGACACGUUGAGUAAAUCAUCAGACCCGUAUUGUGUAGUCAAGGUGGACGGCCAGACAGUGUUACGGACAAUGACCAUAUACCGGACCCUGUCCCCCUUCUGGGGGGAGGAGUACACGCUGCACGUGCAGCGCAACUUCUUCGCGCUCUCUGUUUACGUGUACGACGAGGAUUUGAGGUAUGAUGACGUCAUUGGGAAGGUGACUCUGACGAAAAAGGAGAUGGUGAGAGACUAUAAUAUUGGGGAUGAGCGCUGGUUUGCUCUUCAGAAGGUGACUAAGGAUUCUGAGGUGACAGGCGAGGUGAGACUUGAGUUCAAGCUAUCUGAGACGAAACUUGAUGUUAAAAUCGCAGAAGCGAGAGACCUGGCAGCCAAGGACAAAACAGGGUCUUCCGAUCCAUACGGGAUAUUAACUCUCGGAUCAAACUCGUAUCAGACGGAGAUAAGGAAACAGACCCGGUUCCCUAGGUGGAAUGCGAUGACCACUUUACCUGUUCCUGCUGAUACUGCAGACCAGAUAGUUCGGUUGACCCUCUGGGACAGGGACAUUGUGGGGAAGGAUGAGUUCAUGGGGGAGAUCACGUUUAGUUUGAAGAGAAUUGAGAAGAAACUGGAGUAUAAUCAGUGGUUCUGGUUGAAACCGAGAGACUUUAUAGGGCACCAAGCUGCCGGGUCAAUAAGAAUGAAAAUAAGAUAUGUCACGGCAUCCAUCCUACCUUCCCUAGUUUAUCAACCACUUAUUGACUUACUUAUUGAGGAGGUGGAUAACUUUACCAACGGAAUACCCAGAACAGGGAUUACUCCGCUAGCUUUGUUGGAGGAAGCCAUGACGGACAGAAUGGAGAUGGCCUACAUGUUGGUCAGGAUAUUCCUUGGAAAGGGAAAGAUAGAGGGGCUCCUGAGCAUGUUGUUCACUCUUGAGGCUAAGAAAUCUACUCCUGAGACUAUUUUCAGAGAGAACACCCUGGCCUCCAAAUGUAUGGACCAGUAUAUGAAGAUAACGGGUACACUAUACCUACAAAAUGUGCUGGGCAAGACAAUAAAGCUUAUCUACAAGGAGAACAAGUAUUGCGAAAUGGACAAGUCGAGGAUAACUAAAAAGUACGGGAUACUGAAUAAAGAGGCGAUAGUGAAGCAGAGUACGAAACAGAUAAAUCUGUAUCUGAUGGAAAUAGUGAACAGUAUAAUGCAGUCAAAGACUGCUAGUCCUUUUGGUAUUCGCAAAGUUUGCGCCAUGAUAUUUGACCUUGUUCAUAGAACAUUCCCAGAAAAUCCAGACCUACAGUAUAUGGCAGUGAGCAGUUUUGUGUUUCUGAGAUUCUUCGUUCCCGCAAUAAUGAACCCUAAACUGUUCUACCUAAACAGCAAUCACCCUAACAUGAGAAUAUCUCGUACUCUUAUGCUCUGUGCUAAGGCGAUGCAGCAGAUAGGUAACAUGUGCGCUCAGCCGUGUAAGGAGAGUUUCAUGCUCCCCCUCCUCCCUUUUGUAGAAAGGCAAACAGACAACGUUCGACACUUUAUCAGCAAUCUUGUGACCAUCUACAAAUGCAGCAGCCCUCCCGCCAAGAUAGCGACCCCUACCUCCCAACAUCUCUUCUCCCACACCACGAUAAUACAAAGUGGGUGGGCUGAGAAAUACCGGAUUAGUCUCGGACAAUCCCAAACAGUCCGAGUAUUCAAGAAACGCUUCUUCUCUCUGUCUUUCGCAGCACUUAGCUACGGUUCUAAAGCAUCUUCGGGACAGUCACUAGGGUGCACUAAGUUGAUAGCUAUCAGUGAUAUCACCUCGGUGGAAAGAGUGGAUAAGUACGUGUUCGGACACAAACACAUACUACAGAUACUGAUAUCCAAGAAUAACGAGCGUCCUUCUGUUCUGUACAUGAAACUCAAGACAUUGAACGAGGUAACUGAGUGGAUAUCCUCACUCCGCAAGACCUGUUCAAAGAACACAAAGACUCUCAAGUUUUACCAUCCUGGAGCCUACAAGUGUAAGAGAUGGUCCUGCUGCACCGCUCGGUCGCUUAUUGAUCAAGGUUGUAGCAAGACACACAGAUCUAUUGUACUGGGUGAUUGGAGAGACCCUCUAAACUCAGAUGCUGAAAUUCAAACUAUUUUCUCGCAACUCUAUAACGCUAAAGACUGCCUCAGGACGAAGUAUCUGAAAGCGGAGCGACUCCGACAAUCCUUCUCAUUCCUAUCAACAGCUGAUAUGGGAGAUGUUGAGAACUUGGGAGGACAGGAGCCCUUUAAAACCAGACACUUUAAGUCUGUCGUCAAUCGCAGAGCUGUUCUCAAGAAAUCAAAGAAAACAAAUCUAAAUCGGUCCCGAGCCCAGAGCAUGUCACUGCACAGUCCUGAACACCUUUCUCCAAAGUCCUUAUCUAUGGAGAUCAAGGAAACCCAAAACAUCAGCCUCUAUCUCCCAGAAAGAGCCUAUCUUUGGACUCCCCUCCACCUGCUAUCACUGAACUUCAAGGGGUUAACAUGCUUAGUGUGGUUCAAGGCGUUAUUGUAUCAUUUGUUUUGAGUACAGUGGCGACAGUCUAUUUGGCUUGGGUUGGAAAGUGAAGAGAACUCAGAAACUACUCCGAAUAAACCAGCGAUUAACCGACUUCUCAGUGUUCUAAACCUUAUAGAGGUAGCACAUGGUGGAGACAACAAUAACAACAACGUCACCACCACAUGACGUCACCACCACAUGACGUCACCACCACAUGACGUCUCCACCACAUGACGUCACCACCGCAUGACGUCACCGCCACAUGACGUCACCACCACAUGACGUCACCACCACAUGACGUCACCGCCACGUGAUUGGGAUUUAGCAGCAAUUGUAUCUAGAUUAAUGGCUCACUUGAAUAAUAUUUACGAUAGAAAUGUGGCAAAUUCUUAACAGGAGUCCAGUUACAAAAGAGAUGUCAGCCACUGGCUCAAAGGCGUUUCACUGACUCAAACUCUGGAUUAUAGCUCAUUUAUAUUUGAAUAUUUAGAAAAAUGUUUGUCAUUUAGUUCAUUUGCAGUUGCUAUGUUCGACGAUAUAUUUUGUUAAUUUUCAUAUCUGCAAAAAUAAGCAGAUCAAACUGAGGUGAAAGAUUGAAUGGAAGUGAAAGAUUAAAGGAAAGUGAAGGAUUAAAGGAAAGUGAAGGAUUCAAGGGAACCUUUUCCUGUUAAUAAAUCUAAUAAGUAAGAUAAAGUUUGAUACGCAGAUUAAGGUCCCUAAUGAAUACGACAGUGUAUUUUGACUUAUGGAAUGUUGAAUGUAGUUUCAUUUGCUGUGU